AUGGCCUUCCCAAACCUCCCAAAGCGAUUUGCCUUGCUCGUCGGCAUCGACCUGUACUUUAACGACGGCUCAAGAAAGAAUGAAAAUGGAGAACCACACUCUCUCAGAGAGCUUCGAGGCUGUGCCAACGAUGUCCGGGCGGUCGCGGAGUUACUUCGAAAUGAAUUCCAGCUGGAGGAGCCUCGCAUUCUCACUUCUCCCCUGACCCUGUCAAGCUUCACGUGUCCCACUGAGCCGACAGAGCCGUCAGAUUGGAAUUCGACACUGGCUGAGCAGGCUGGUCCUGGUGACCUCUUCUUUUUUCACUUCUCUGGGCAUGGGGCACGGCUGCAACCGACGAGCAAAUCCCCGCCCGGGAGGCUGACAGACCCAUCCCUGAUGACGAUGGACUUUUGCUGCGGAAAGCCUGCACUGAACGAGUGGCUGAAAAGGCUCAACGAGAAGCAGAUUCGGACCAUUGUCAUCCUCGACAGCUGCCACUCUGGCGGCGCCUGGAGGACUGAAGGCUGGACGAACGUCCCCAACCUUCCCGCCGACGAAGAGGCAAUCACAGAGACCGCUGUCGAAUCGGGCAGCCGCGAUGGGGAGUUGGAAAUGUCCUGGUCCAUCAACCCGGACGGAUUCACGCUGAUGGCAGCCUGCGAAAGUCAUGAGGGGGCCGCAGAGAAGACUGUCAACGGCACAUCUUACGGCGCAUUCACCCAUGGACUCUUGGCGUGCCUCAAGCAGAACCGACCAAGCGAGGCAAUUGUGACUUAUCGGAAUCUGCGCGACCAGGUCGUCAAGUGGACUCCUCGGGUGUAUGGUCGAGACAGGCUGGCAUUCUUCGGAGACGAGGAGCCAUUCUCGGCAACACCCCUCGUCGUGCGACUCGAAGGAGAGAAUAUUUACCUUCCCAUUGGAAAAGUUCACGGUGUUCGGGAGAAGUCCGAAUUCACAACUUAUCCGCCUACGUCGCACAUAACGUUUUCGGUGGAUCGAGUCGACGACUUCGAAUGCAGCGCCCGGGUGCCAUCGGCCCUCCAUGCGCAAACUUUGCAUCAGCACAACAAUCAGAUCGUUCCGCGUCGCUACGGACCUGACUCUGCCGUGUUUAGGAUGACACAGCGUGGCAAUGACGGCAUCAACCUCGCCGGAUCUCCGUCUUUGACCGGGUACGAAGUCCCGGUGCGCGGGUUGGACCUCACAGGCGUCAACACCGCUCAACGGGCCACAAAAUCUGCCGUUGCUUUGGCUCACUUGACCCGGUUCAGACAAAUCCUCAGCCUCAGUGGCAACGCGUCUCAGCAGCUUGGGCCGUUCGAGCUGACUCUGAAACCGAAGAUUUCCGGGGGCAACCUCUCGGGUGGCCAGGGAAUAGAGUUCGUGUUCAGGAACACAUCCGAAUCUCAGCUCCACUUCACGGUCUUGGUGCUCAGUCCUGGAUUUCAUGUGAAGCAGCUUUACCCUUCGGAGGAUUUUCCAAAAUCGGUGGAUCCGGGCCACGAGGUCUUGUUCACCUUUAACCUGACGGUACCUGACCCGCUCAACGGAUAUGAAGAGCAGCGAGACAUAAUCCGUACAGUUGUCACGAGAGGCAUGCAGCUUUCCUGGAAGAGCCUGGAACUGCCUGACAUAUGGAAUGCUGAUCAGCUGGCCGACAAGCGCAGGGGCUCAGGGAGGGACGCGAAUUUGCUGUCCGAGUGCCGUGAGGAAGCGUACGAUCAUCGCACUAAUUUCUGGGAGAUCACUGGAGGAGCCGGUCCCUCAAGUGGCGUCCGGAGUUUGCCGUGGACGGGGAAGCUAAUUAUAGUGGGGAAGUGA